CGAAAAAUUCGUCCUGACGAGGAUCGGACGGAAAAAUAAAGGGAAAUUUUCGCGUUUUUCCGACGCAUCGGUUUGUCGCUCACAUGUGUACGUGACCAGCGUCUGUUCAAUAUAACCGUCAAUUCCCAAAAUCGCGAAUAAACAAUCUAUAGUGGUUCGUUGUACCGCGAAGUUUUUUGUUCAUCAAAUUGUUUGAACAAAUAUUGUGACAAUAGUAUCGAUGCAUUCGAUACUAGAGAUUAACGAAAUGUGCUCUGUACGUUUUGACGCUCACGACCUCAAGGCAUAACCUAUAACACUCCAUUGACAACACUCGAACAAUUGCAAAACGAUAAUUAAUUAACGGUUUAUGUGAAUCAAUUGUUGUGCACAAUGGCUCGUGCUAUGAUCUACAGGGGAUCCUCCAGUCUCCUCCAGGUUGAUCCACCAGCUGACGAGGUGGACCCUUUGGAGCUGCCGAUAAAAUUGGAGCCAAGCAGUCCAGAGCCCGAGACGCCGGCAGACCCAGAGGACAGAGUGCGCACACCUCCACCCUCGACGAGUCUCCCAUCACCCCGGAGAGAUGCCCCAUCACCCCAAGAGCCACCAGACUACGACUCAUCGGCAAGUUCACUCGUACAUUCCCAAAAUCCAACCAAAAAGCCACCUAAACGAAGUCACAAGUACGGACACUCCCAAAAACUAGCUCAAUUUCUCCUGAACAACAGGAGUGAACUCCAAAACAGUAGACUCCGUACUAGAUCCACUCACACCCCAUUAUUCUACGAAUGUCAAGUGUGUUAUGUACAGUACAACGAUCGAGGUGCUCUCACAAGACACAUGAAUCAAUUUAAAUUCGGUUCUAAAAAACGUAUAGUCUGUCACGUGUGUAGAAUAUCCCUAGCCACUCCCCAUCAGUUGCUCUCCCACAGGAAAUCGGCGCACCGUCACAUCGCCUGGCCGCAUUCACCUUAUAAAUGCCACCACUGUCCCCUCACCUACACCCAUAAAAUGCCCCUACAGAUGCACUUGUUCCAUUACCACGACAUGGAGAACAAUGAAAAAUUGAAGAAACGUCGUGGAGUGGAGCAAUCGGUAGUGAGUGAUAAUGAGAUACAACCAAGGAGAUCAGCACGUAAACGAAAGAGAGCCCGUUUGGUGCGCAAUCGCAGGGAUCUGUGUAUUCCCAAGGCCACCAAGCCAGGGCCUACAUCCUCAAAGACUGGAAGAUCCACCCAGAUCACCAAAGUAAUUCCCUCGACAAACUCAACGAAACCCUCCACGAGUGCGCCUUUCGUCCAAAUUCAUGCAGUCCCUCAGGAAGUUGAGGCACUCCUCAGUGACUACGAGACGAGUCCCAUGAAAAGACGAAGACUUGAUCCCCAGGAAGUGUCGAUGGACGUCGAGACAAGGUGCUUGAGGUCGGGGCGAACUGUCAAGAUACCUGUAGCUGAAUCCAGUGACAUUCAGGAGCCAGACCCAAAGACUGAACCAAAACAGAAGAGAGUUUCUACACCCGGAAGAAAAGCCUCUUUACCUCAGACUCCGAAGAACGGAACCCCGAUGGUUCUAGCCACUAGGAAAAUUACACUUCUGCAGAUGAAAUACAAUUGUCGGGAUUGUUAUGUACCCUUAAGUAGGAUUAACGUUCCCGAAGGUCUUGAAGUAAGUGAGACUGAGAUGAAUCAGUUGGAGGAUACAUCCAGUGAGAUGCCUCACGAUGUAUCGUCUAUUGAUCUCCAACUUAAGAAUCUCGAGAUCGCUCUGAAGAAGCUGGAGGCACCCGACGUACUCACUGACCGGCCACCAGGAAAAAUUGAGAGACUCGAGAUAUUCAGGUCCAGUAUCUGUCGCACCAGAUUCACCACAAAACAGAAGCUGAUUAAUCAUUACUUGUGCUUUCACACUAAUGCAAGUCAGGAUGAGUGCGGAGUAUGCCGGAUACGGUGUGGUAAUUACAGGAAAUUGAAGAAUCACUUGCUGCUCCACUGUGUCAAGAUUAUUCAGUCUAAACAGGAUCGUUCACCCAUUGAUCCUAGAGGGCCGUGUGAAAAAUACCGAAAAAAGUAUUUCUGCACAGGUUGUAAAAAACGAUUCUGGCUGGCAUCCUGUCUGGCACAGCAUCAGAGUCUCUGCAGACUCGCACCGUCGUAUGCACCCCAGGAGAAUCCACAGGACAUUCCCCAGAAAAACGUUCAUGACAAUACCCGGGAGACUGCGCAAGAUGAUACUCAAGAGAAUCUCCAAGAAACUCCUCAGGAAGCUCACCAGGAGAUCCCAGUGCCUGAGGUAAACGAGCCAAUAAUGACGAGGCGGACAUCUCCAAGAAAACAUGACAAAAGAGUGAAUUUAAUGCAGUCACCCACGAUUAUCCAGACUGCCAAGACUGUCAAGCCUGCUAAAACACCUAAGACUCCGAAGAGUGAUGCCCAGAAGACUCAUCGUCAGAAGAAUAGUUCAGUGAGAAUCGAGGCACGGAGUACCCAAGACUCUCGAAAACAAUCCCCAGGACAGGGACCAGUUCCGGAGAAACGUUGGUGGGACACCAGAGUGCCCUAUGGAGUUCCAGCCCAUCCCUGUUCCAUCUGCAAUAUUAAUUUCCAAGCAGCUGCAGGUCUCUCACGCCAUGUGAAGAUGUACAAUCAGCGGGACUUCAGCCGUUGCGAAAUCUGUGGUACUCUAUUCCCAUCGAGAAAUCUUCUCUACAGCCACAGAAAAACGGCGCACUGCCCUGAGGCGUCAGAUGCAAGAAUUCAGUGUCCAGUUUGCGAACAGGCAUUCGCCAAGAAGACAGGUCUUCGUGCCCACCUGUUGCACGUCCAUCACGAUCAAAUCAUCAGGAACAUCGAUGAAUUCAUUGAGCCAACAGUUGGUUACGAGAUGAAGUGCAAAAUUUGUAAACUCAUAUUUCAGAGUCGUAGGAGAUUCAUCGAGCACAGUAUGUACUAUUUCGACGAUGAGACGUAUAGCUGUCACAUAUGUGAUAAAAAAUUCUGGGGUAAAUUCAGGUGUCAUUUUCACUGGAAAAUCGAGCACUACUCUAAGGAGAUGCAGCAGGCCUAUACCCAUCACUGUCCAGUGUGCAGUGAGGGUUUCAUGUAUCAAUCUCACUUGCACUCUCACAUGUUUCACGUUCACGAUUUAGCCAGUGAUUCAGCUAUAAAUGGUGGACACUCAGUGAAUACCGAGGAUCCAUUUGUUUGUGCAACUUGUGAGCAGAGAUUUGCCAGUAUUGUUUUGCUUGAUCAGCACCAGAAUCUUCACUCGAAUGAUGGAAAAUACCAGUGUGACAAGUGCGGUAGAAAGUGCAGAUCAGUAUCGAUACUUGAAGAGCACCUGAGGGCGUCACACUCAAAUCGUGUACUGCCCCAGGGCAAGUGCCCUAUCUGCGGCGAAGGAAUAUCCUCGAAGACCUCAUGGAUAUCCCACAUAAAACACGCUCAUGACAAUCCAACGAAUCAGCCCUCAGAGUUCUGUCUGGAGAACGUCUGCACUCUUAAUGAAUUGAUAAGAGACUCGGGGGAGGACAUUAAUCUCAACAGAUCAGGUGAUCAGAGCUCUCCUGGUCCUGACGAGGACGUUGUCCUUUUGGAUGAGGACGACGUGGGCCUUCCAGAGGUUCAGACUGUCAAUAUUGAGUUUAAUUGCGCAAUAUGCGACGAGAGAUUCACAUCGAUGCUCGAAUUGAAGAGCCACAAGAUCACUCAUGGACCAGUUACGUACGGAUAUCAACCGGAAGAGAACUAUCAAGUGCCAAAAAUAUCUGUCAACGAGGUGGCACCCCAGCCACUGGAGACUGUUAAUCUUCCCAGUAUUCACCCGCAGGACAACAGUGGCUACAGUUAUCACACUGACAAAGACCCGUGCAACUUCUCCAUCGCGAAUAUCUACUCAGUUGGUCUCGACGAGUACGAGAAACUGGCGAACAAUCAACCCGAGGAGAACGAGACGAUUGAACCUGAGGAUAAUGCGAUCACCGAGAAUAUCCUCAAGUGCGAGGUCUGCCAGCUUGUAUUCACCUGCGCAAAAACCCUCCAGAAUCACCUGAUAAGAUACUCCAACACUGGUGAUUACAUCUGCGAGGUCUGCGGCAGGAGAUUCAAGUGGUCGAGGGUAUUUCGUUCGCACAUAAGAAAACACCACAAGAGAAGGAACAAUGCAACACCGAUGUACUACUGCGAGCAGUGCGACGAGGCGUUUGCAACGAAAAAUUCCAAACACAUGCACUUCGCUCAUAUUCAUAAUGAUCUGAAUGUCAGGUUGACUGACGACGAUAUGGCAGAUAUUGAUGGGAAAACUGGCAGGGAGAGUCCAGUGGAGAGGGACGAGAUCCAGGAGGGAAUCGAUACGAAGAGCGUUGAAGAGGUUGACUUGACUGAGGACGAGGAAGAGGCUAGUGAACCACCGACGGCGAAGAAUCUUGUUCCAAUGAAUUCAGUGGUACCUCUCAGUGCUGCUAUCAAGCCAACUGUUGCUCAGGCCAGGGUACAACCAACUGCUCAUCGUCCAAGUCAGGUUGCUGCAUCAAUUUGUCCAAUUAUCUGCAAUAUCUGUCACAUACAGUGCAGGGACGUUGAUUAUCUUGUUAAUCACUUCGAGACAGCUCACAGCAUUCGUCUCGCUCCCUAUAAACCUAGUGCCCAAAUUCCCUAUAAUUCCAGUAUUCAGGGUGAGUGUCAGAGCAAUCAGGAUAGUCUCAAGAAUCAUUUGGCUUGGCAGGUGAAUUCUAAAAAUGAUUCUGAUCCAUCAACUCUCUUUUAUUACUGCAAAACGUGCAGAAUUCAAUUUGCUAAUGAAUAUUCACUGCUCACUCAUCUGCGAAAUGCUCACGCUAAAACUGAAAGUUUACCAGGAAAACAUGAUAAUUGGAGUAAUGAUGGUGCCCAUAGUGGGGGGCACAGGGAAAAUAUAGUGGCUAAGGGUCAGCAGUCAACAGGCGGUGUUUCUAUUGAAACUUCUUUUAUUAGUAGUGAGAGGCAUCGAUCUGCUGGUGAUUCAGCUGGGGAUAAUGCCAUGGAUCUGACGAAAAAGAGGAACGAUGCUGUUGUCUUAUCGAAGAUUGAUUUAAAGGGGGCUGACAGGCCUUAUCGCAUUCUUGGGGGGAAGAAUCCACAGAAUAUUCAAUUCAUUAGUCUUCAGAGGAAGGACCUUGUUAGUUUGACGAGACAGAGAUUGCAGGAGAGCAAGAGUCCUCAGGGGAGUAGCAUUCGUUGAGUGCGAACAUUUUUUUUUUUUUCAAAUUUUUUUUCCCGUUCUACAACCAUUAUUAAUUGUACUCUUACUUUUUUUUUCUGUACUCGUAAUUAGAUAGGGUCAGGUGGGCUAGUACAAUUUUUAUUCUUUGGGAGGAUGUUUUUUUUAUCUGGGGAGAAGCGACCGCAGGGACACUUUUGACAGAUGGAUAUUUUUUAUCCAGUGUCUGGGGCUUACAGACCCGGUAAUUGAUUCGGAUAUUCUUCCGUAGGAUAAGGACUCGUUUGUAUGAUGCCUGUACUGGACUACGAUAUUUCGAUGUAUAAUGAUGUUCCAAUUACUGAUUUCUUUAUCAUUUUUAUUUUCGAUUUUUUUCAGUCGUUCAAAUUGUUAUAAAUCAUAA